UUUUUUUUUUUUUUUACAGGACCUGUGGCUUUUGAACGAGAAAAACAUGAUGGAGAUGUAUUUACUUUCAAUCCUUUUAGCAAGUAUCCUAAUCAUACCAUUCGCACUCAAAACUUUUUGCCCUUAUAUCUGGGUGGAUAUGCUGUAUUGCACGGAUCUUCUGCGGAUUUUAGUGAGGUUUGUUUCGAGGCGAAGAAGGAGACCUCUCUUCUUUGUUUUGGACCGUUUCUUGGAGCAGACCGCUGCGCAUCCGGACAAGCUGUUCAUUGUGUUUGAAAAUGAAGGAUACUCGUACAAAUACACAGAUAAGAGGAGUAACAAAACAGCCAACGCGCUCCAGUCUCACCCUGGGUAUAAAGUUGGUGACACAGUCGCACUUUUCAUGGGGAAUGAACCCGCCUUCAUGUUUACCUGGCUGGCUUUGGCUAAAUUAGGCUCUCCUGUGGCUCUUCUCAAUCACAACAUUCGCAACAAGUCUCUGCUGCACUGCUUCAACUGCUGCAGGGCCAAAGUGUUGAUAGCUGCCCCAGAGCUAAAGGAAGCAGUGGAGGAUGUGCUGCCCACACUGACAGAGCAGGGCGUCACCGUCCUUCUGAUGACCAAACACUGUGACACACCUGGAAUCGAGAGUUUCUCCGACAAAGUGGACGAGGCAUCGGACUCCCCGCUUCCUCGAUCCCUCAGAUCACACAUCACUUUCAAAAGCCCUGCAGUUUAUAUUUACACCUCUGGAACUACAGGUCUACCUAAGGCAGCUGUGGUCAGUCAGAACCGCCUCCUAACAGCUCUCGCUGUUUUAUCUUCAAACGGUGUAACGGCCAGUGAUGUCAUCUACGUCAACCUGCCUCUAUACCACACAGCUGGAUUUAUUAUAGGCUUUAUUGGCUCCAUUGAGACAGGGUCAACUAUCAUUCUGAAGAGGAAGUUUUCUGCCUCUCAGUUUUGGGAUGACUGCCGGAAAAACAGUGUGACUGUUGUCCAGUACAUAGGAGAGGUGAUGCGUUACCUCUGUAGUACACCAAGGAGAGAAAAUGACAAGGACCAUAAAGUAAGACUGGCCAUUGGCAACGGUGUCCGAGCAGAGAUAUGGAGAGAGUUUCUCAAUCGCUUUGGGAACAUUCAGGUGAAGGAGUUUUACGCCUCCACUGAAGGAAAUGUGGGAUUUGUCAACUAUGCAGGGAAAGUUGGAGCUAUCGGACGAGUCAACUUUUUGCAUCAGGCGCUGUUUCCCUACACUCUGAUUAAGUAUGACACAGAGCGGGAUGAACCAGUUCGAGGCGCUAACGGCCGCUGUGUGGAGUCCUCCAAAGGCGAAACAGGACUGCUGGUGUCAAAGAUCACAGACAUUGCUCCUUUUGUCGGUUACGCCCAGAAUGAAGAACAAACGGAGAGGAAAAGAAUUCGUAAUGUUCUCAAGAUGGGAGAUCUUUACUUCAACAGCGGAGACCUAAUGAGGAUUGAUCAUGACAACUUCAUUUACUUUCAGGAUCGUGUAGGUGACACAUUCAGGUGGAAAGGGGAGAAUGUGGCCACAACAGAGGUGUCUGACAUCCUGACCAUCAAUGAUUGUCUGAAAGAAGCCAACGUUUAUGGAGUCCAAGUUCCAGGGCAUGAGGGGCGGAUAGGAAUGGCAGCUAUUACUGUGAAUGAAGGUGCCCAGUUUGAUGGAAGUAAAAUAUAUAACCAUGUGGUUAACUACCUGCCCUCGUAUGCCAGACCUCGCUUUAUAAGGAUACAGAAUGCUGUGGAGGUGACAGGAACGUUCAAGCAAAUGAAGGUGAAGUUAGUGGAGGAGAGUUUUGACCCAGGACGUAUCCAGGACCCUCUUUACAUCCUUGAUGAUCAUGAGAAGAGUUACAUACCGCUGACAGCUCAGGUCUACAGAAGCAUCAUAUCAGGAAAUAUCAAAUUAUGAGCGCUUAGUGGCUGCAUUGAUACUUAUAAUAACGAACUUCCAGCUCAAUGGCUGAACAAAUCUUUUUUCUAAUACUGAUACUGACUACAAAAAUGAUAUCAGUGAUAUCAUUUGUGUGUUGUAAAGUAAUAUGAAGACCUGAACUCAUUUAUUUAAAGCAGUAGAUGGGAAUCAGAAGUGUAGGAAUGUAUAAGUAAGGAUUAAUUUCUAAGUGGAGGCAGAUAACAUAAAUGAUAUACUAGCAAAUAAUAAUAUAAAUAGUAUAUUUACUAGCAUGAUGACAGUUUUCCAGCAUGAGGACUGCUGCUUUUACUUAAGUCUUAUAAUGGUGUUGAGAAGUGUUACUUUAUUUUUAGGAAAGACAUGACUAGCAUGUAAUGGUUUAAUAGUAACAAAAAAAUGUAGAUUGGGACCUAAUAUAAAUUUUAUAUUUAUAUUUAUGCAAAUAUCUAUAAAUUCCCUAAAACUUUUCAUGUGUAUGUCUGCUUUCACUCCUCACAGUUACAACAAUGCAAAAACAAAUUUUAGUUCUGACUAACCACAAGAUGGAGACAAGUCACUUGCUACCAGAGUUUCUGUCCUCAGUGUAGUUGGGAUAUACAUGUUGAACAAAUCAGUGGGGACAUUUGACAAUUCCACCCACACUUGUUCCAAAACCAUGGCUAUUAAUGUACUUCUACAAGAGCCUCCACUCUUCUGGGAAGGUUUCUGCAAGACUGAACAUGG